UCAGACCGUCACGUGACGCGCCAAGAUGGCAGCGCCGAAGCCGCAAGCUGGGCCUGAGUCGAGGGCUGCUGGUGCGGUGCUGAGGGGAGAUGGAGAAGCGCCGCAGGAUAUCAAGAUGGCACUUUAUACACAUGGUCGGCUGAUUCCUUCUCUAGGAGAUGCAAAACUCACAAGACCAAUCAUGGGGAAGAAGAGUGAUUACAAUAAACAGCCUUAUAUUCUUGGAACUUUAUUCUUUGGGACUACUAGUGCAACGUCUGGAGUACUGGCAAACCUCAUUUUCAGAAACAGUUUCAAGGUUCGGCAUGAAGCCCUGAAGACCUAUGUAUCCUUGACUACCCUUCCGUUUUUGUCUACCAUCGUGACCUUCAAGCUCUUUGUAACUGAUGCUUUGGAGUCAGGUAACAUAAGCCGGGAAAACUGUGUUUGGAGAAGUAUGCUGAUCGGUGUAACAUGUGGUGUCACAUACCCCACUGCUCUGGCCUUUAAUACAAAUGGACGUUUGGCAGUUAAGUAUCAUACUGUUCCACCCCCUCCGAAAGGAAGAGUCAUGCUCCACUGGAUGCUCCUAUGUCACACCAGGGUGAAACUAAUGUGCGUUCCGCUAGUAUUUCAGACAGUUUUUGGAAUGCUUCAUGGCUUAUUACACUAUGCUUUAUCUGAAAAACUACGUAAACUACGUGCAAAAUCUGUGCCUGGAGACUAACCGAAGAACCAGAGAAGGCCCGGCUGGCAGACUGGACUCUUUUGUAAGGGACUUGGGUGCUGGUCAAAGAGUGGGAAGCUGCACUGCUCCUUUUGACUACUGUGUAUCAAAUACUCGGUAAAUACAACUGGAAAACAA